AUGAAAGCAUUCUCAGUGUUGUUUGUGGUGAUAGCUCUGACUUCCGACAUGAUCUGGCUCUUCUUCAUCCCUGCUCAGUGGCUCUUCUUCAUUGCCAGUACUUACGUCUGGGUGCAAUUUGUCUGGAACACAGGUCAGACCCUACUCCUUUUUGAAAGAUGUGAUAAGUCUACAGGGGAAAAGGAAUAUGUCUCCCAACAGUAUGCCUAUGGCUUCUGUUCAUCUAUAUUGAGGCUUCAGUGCGUCUCAAAGAUUUCCACAAAAACCUUCCCUUCCGCUUGGAUCUCUGUAGACCCUUUGCUGCACACUGUUCCUCCUCAUUCACUUCAUCUGGAUUUUGAUAUGCUCAUGCCAUUCUCCUCUCCUUACAGCAUAGGGUAUCCAGUGGUGACACUGGGUUUUGGUUGUAAGAGCUACAUCUCCUAUAAAGUUCGUCAGAGACGGCAGAAGGAGGUGCAGCGAGAGAAUGAGUUCUACAUGCAGCUCACACAGGGUGCACUUCCACCUGAAGUCCAGCUUCUUCAAAGGCAUCCCAUUGCACCUCCUCCACCUGCUGAGAAAUGUCUGUUCUCACCUUCCUUUACCUGCAUAAGGGGUAUUCUUCUACUAAUUUCAGAUAGACCACCUUUCAAGUUGUUAUACUAUGCCAUACUUCUGAAUGAAGAACCUACAUAUAUCAGGGACAAUACUGGAGUGUUCUUAGAAAUGCUUGAAGAUGAGAAUGUGGUUACUUGGAUUACAGUGGGAUCUCGAGUGGAGGAUCUCAGUGGGCCAGAACGGGAGAGGUUGUUCCUUUCAAAGGGCAAAGCAGAUCGAGAGGAUCUUCCCAAUGGGAAUCCCAAUCAUCACCUUCAACCCUCCUCUGACUUUGAAUAUGUUGAGCGAAAGCCUGGGUCGGUGAAUGACUUCGAUGAACAUGAUCUGGAGCGGGACAAGACGCUCGGAUCUAAGGGUUUGACACAUUCCCGCUCGAAUUCGGCCACGCGAUGGACAGCGUCCAAUGCAUCGCCAACUUCUUCUUCUUCUUCAUCUACAUCAUCCUCAUCAUCAACGGUCACCAUGCCGUCCCCUGUCACCUGCACUCAACCUCAUGUAUCAUCUGGGAAGGAGAAGAAGAAGAAUAACAAGGAAACUCUCAACAAUGGAAUUGCUGGUGGCAAGGAUGAAUUCUGUAUCAGAUUGGAAUCAGAUGUGAAAAGGCUGAAGGCCGAGCUCCAGGUGUCUCGAGGGAUGGAGACAGACAUGCGCAAUGCAUUGCAGAGUGUAUCAGCAACUGAACGUGCAUGUCGUGCUGAGGUCAACCAACUCCAGGCUGACAAUGAUUCCCUGCAGACCAGGUUGCAUGGGCUGGUGACAGCUCGUCAGCAAGACAAGGGGAUCAUCAGCUCCUUGGAGAAGAAAGUGCAGGAAGAGAAAAAAUUAAGAGCACAGAUAGAAUCCCAGUUGGCUGCUGAGAGAAAGCACUCCAAGACAGCCAGAAACAGCUGUGCUGAGUCAUGCAAAAGCCGUCGUCGGGAGCUUGAGUCUGAGCUCAAGAGCCUGCGGGCAGAACUUAAGGCAAGUGAGGAACGAGCACGGCAGUUGGAACAGGAGAUGUCUAGCCUACGCCAGGCAGCUGAGCGGCAUCAGGAUAUGGAGCUUUUACUCACUGCUCUCAGCGCCAUGCAGGAUAAGAAUGCUCAUCUUGAGAACAGCCUCUCUGCCGAGACUCGACUCAAGCUUGACCUCUUCUCAGCUCUUGGAGAGGCCAAGAGGCAACUUGAAAUCAAGCAGAGCCAACUGCUGAUGAAAGAGAAGGAAGUGGAAGAUCUGAAGAGCAGAGUGGCAGAGGUAAUGGCAGUGAUGCCGGCAACAGGCACAGGUUCCCCUGGUGGGGUUACCCCGGUGACAUCGUUCUCUUCGUUCCUCUCCCCAUCACCACCCUUGUCGACCUCCACAGGGGGAGCUUAUGCUUCCUCCCUUGAUCCCAAUGCCUGCAUCUACACCCCUAAACUCACCAACUGUCUUGGGCUUGACACAGAGGAUUAGUCCAUCACCCCAUCCCAUCUCUCCUCUCCUUUCUUUCUUCCUUCCUUUCUUCCUUUCUUUCUUUCUUUCUUUCUUUCUUCCUUCCUUCCUUUCUUCCUUUCUUUCUUUCUUCCUUUCUUCCUUUCUUCCUUUCUUCCUUCCCUUCUU